AGCUUAUGCAUUUUGACCCUUUUUGGUGAGGAAUUUCUCCAUCACAGCGAGAUUACACAUCCAGAUGGAAGUGAAUCCACUGAGUGUUAUCCUCGUAAAGUCCGACAGUAAGGGGGAUCGUCUCCUCUUUCGCUAUCCCUACAAUGUCCUUCCACCGUGUGAGACAAAUCGCCAAAAAGUGAGGAAAUCCCCGUAUUCCCUGCCAUCAAAUGCGGAGGAUCUACAAUCAACUGCAUCACAGACAUCAAACAUCUAUCAGGGGAAUCUCUCGGGCUUCACCGAUGAUGUCCUGUCGACGUUGUUUGCGGUGAAGCAGGAACUGUGUAACCGGAAGUUUGAGCUGAAAGUCAAUGAUGUGCGUUUUGUGUCGCAUCCAACACUUAUGCAACCCAAGAAGGAUGAACAGAAGUCCUUUAUCCUGGUUAACAUUGUCUUUGCACUACAUGCUCAGGCUAGUUACUCCAUUGUUAAGUGCUACUAUGAGCUGAGUAAGAGAUUGGGCAUUGCUCUGUUCUACGAAGAAAAUCGCGCUGGCUACCUGUCGGAUGAGAUGAAGCUGAUGGUGAAGACGCACGAUGAGGUAGCCACGAUUGCUGAGCAGGGCGGUAGCAAUGGGAUUACCCCAAAGGUACCAUCUGUGUUUGAUCUUGUACUCGAACGUUCCUCACUGGCGCAAUGCUUGAAGACAAUCUACCAUGAUCUCUGCACUACGGGACUCCUCAAUGUGACCAUAAAUCAGUGGGUAACAUUGAGUUUCUGCCUGCCGCAGAAGGCACAUCAAUUCCACAAGAAGGGCUUCAUUGUUGAACCCGAGGCGAUUGAUCGAUGCUUGGAGUCUCUAAAACCCUACCACGGGAUGCUUUUGCUUGUGGAUCCAUCGGAAUUGCUCGAUUGCUUCCCCCCGUCCGGUGCGAGGAUGCUAAUUCAGCUGAUUGAGGUGUACAAUCCGCUGAAAAGUUUGCAGAACAUGGCAACGGACGCCGAUCUGGCCAUUGAGCAUGUCUAUCAGUUGGUUGGGCAUCUUGUCUACUGGGCAAAAGCGACGAUCAUCUACCCAUUGUGCGAAACAAAUGUCUACGUGAUCGCCCCGGAUGCCCCACUUCACAUCCAUUCGCCCCUCGUGGAGAAGUUUAAGCUCAAGUUCCCGCGGAUGUCACUCUUUGAGGUAAUCAGUGACUUCUCCCUGCCCACAUCAAUUGGCCAUCUAACCACCCCCCUGCAGCCACCAGCACGUCAAGGGAGACUCGCAGAGAUGGUUUUGUGGAUGUUGCAGCAUCAUCUCCUCAUGCAACUCCACACGUACGUCCAAUUCAUGCCAACGGAGCACGGAGAGCCCCCGGAGGAGGUCCCCGAGGAUCAACAAACGGAAUUCGACGCGGCAGACAAUUCCAUUUCACCCGAUGAUGAUCUCCACGCAGGGAGCCUUCUCAGUAUGAGUAGCCAACCGAUGCCAGUGCCCAAUACCAGUCGACGUUCCCUCACGGAUGAACAUUUCUCCGAAAGUAUCCUCGAUGAUUCCACAGUCUUUGAGAAUAUCGCAGCACCCCCGAGUUCAAGUCACAAAUCCAACUACAGCACCACACAGAGUGUCUCCCUCAGCACAGACGCGGGGGAGAGUCUCGGCUCGGCGGAGGAUGAGGAGAAGAUCAAGGAACUCCUCAUGGCAUUCAAUGAACCCGAAAGAUCAGCCGUACGGCAAGUUCCAGCUUCGGCGAAUAUUGAAGAUCUCGCCCUGAUGGUUAAACUCUAUCAAGCGGGCUACUUCAAGGGGAAUCACCAUCUCGAGGAGAUUAUCUACUUUGAGAACUUGAGACGAUCACAGCUCCUUCAGCUGCUGGAUAAAUUUAAAGAUGUUCUCAUUAUUUACGAAACGGAAGAUCCCGCAAUUGCGAAUCUCUACACGCAGACCUAGAACAAAGGAGUAUAUGUUCCUCCUGAUCCUCCUGAUUUGCCGGAAAAACUUCCUGGAAUCCUUCGGAGGAAUCAUUUAUUUCUGUAUUUUAAUGCAUAAUUUUUUUUCUUUGUUGUCUUAUUAAAUUUUUUUGUAAAAAAAAA